AUGGUGUGGGUGAGAUUCCCUGGUCUUAGUCUAGAAUUUUGGAAGGAAAUUUUUUUAUUUACAAUCUGCAGAGAACUGGGUACACCAAUUAAAGUUGAUAAUGCAACCAUUAACUGUGAAGUUGGAUAUUAUGCUAAUGUAUUGGUUGAAAUGGAUUUUGCUGAGUCAAUUCCAAAUAAAAUAUGGAUUGGAACUAAGUUUGGUGGUUUUUAUCAAGAUGUAUUAAUUCCAGAGUGUCCUAAAUUUUGCUCAUCCUGCAAGAUUGUUGGUCACUUAGUUACUGAAUGCAGAGUGGAGGAGCAUAAGCGUAAAGCUAAAAAGCAGACUGCUACACAAGCUCCAGCAAAGAAUCAAGGUACUAAAAAUGAUAACCUUAUUCCAUUUGAUAUAUGUGAUACUUCAGAAACCAUUGUGGAAGACUCUGUUAUUCAUUCCAUUCAGCCAACCAAUAUGGUAGCAGAAACUCAAGGAGAACAAAUUCCAGAUACUGGAAGAUUUUGCCCUCUAAAUACUAAGAGCAUUAAUGAAAAAUUAGUGGAAGAAUCAGUUAUUAUGGAAGUACCAAAAUUUUUGAAACUCACAGAAGACAAUGCUUUGCAAAAUAGUGUGGUGAAAUAUGUUAAUGGAACCACAGGGAAAGUCACAGAUGAGAGUAUCCAUGUUACAUCAUGGGCUAAUGUAGUGGAAAAAGAAAUUGUGUCCUCUUUAGUAACUUCUCUAGAUGAGAAAGUUGGUUGCAGAAGUCCUAAUAAAACUGCAAUGUUGGAUUUCAUUAAUUGCUUAAAUAAUUGUGAACUGAUUCAAGCUCCCAGAACUGGUUUACAACAUUCAUGGUCUAAUUGUCAACAUGGAAGGAAUAGAAUUCUCUGUAACUUGGAUAGAGUUGUAUUUAAUCAACAAUGGCUUCAAAGUUAUAGUGACUGGGGUUACAAAGUUGGUCUGAGAAUGGUUUCUGAUCAUGCUCCUCUUCUUGGAGGCUGUGCAAACAUUCCCAAGCCAAAAAAUGCACCAAAGAAGUUUCAAAAAAUGUGGAUAUCUCAUCUUAACUUCCUUCAAGUGGUUUCUGAAUGUUGGCUGGAGGAUGUGCCUGUGGAAGCUCAAAAUGAAUAUUCUAGCAGAGAAGUUCAAGAAAGUACAUUAUUGAAACAAAAAUCUAGAACUAAGUGGAUUAAAGAGGGUGCAGCCAAUAGUGGUUUCUUCCAUGCUAAUCUAAAAAUUAGGAAAGCUAGAAAUCAAAUCAGUGAGAUUGAAGAUUCAAAUGGUAACAUUAUUUCAGAUCAAAAUAAAAUAGCUGAUGAGCUGGUUCAAUUCUUUGUAAAGAAGUUUGAAUUUAAGGAUGUUUGCAUAGAUGAUAGUUUAUUGGAUGUCAUCCCUCAGGCAAUCACUAAUGAAGACCAAGACAUGUUGGAAGCAACUCCUUCUGCUGAAGAAAUUAAAAACACAAUUUUUGAUAUGGAUCCAGAAAGUUCACCUUGGCAUAUCAUUCAAGAGGACUUCAUCAAAUUCAUUCAGUUUUGCUGGGACAGAAAAUUCAUUCCCAAGGGCUUAAAUUCCAAUUUUUUGGUCUUACUCCCAAAAGUUCAAAGAGCAAAAACAACAAGUCAAUUCAGGCCCAUUGGAUUAAGCAAUAAAAUUUUCACCAAAAUUAUUACAACAAGAUUAAGUAGUGUCAUGGGAAAGCUUAUAUCUCCUCAACAAGCUGCAUAUGUUAAGGGUAGAAGUAUACAUGAACAAGUUCUUCUUGCAUUCGAGCUAGUUAAUGAAAUGAAAAAGAAAAGAAGAGGUGGAAAUGUAGGUCUCAAACUAGACAUAUCUCAAGCAUAUGACUCUAUCGGUUGGGCAUUUCUCACUAAAGUUCUUCUUAAAUAUGGAUUUUCAUCUUCUUGGUGCAAUUGGAUAUUAACUUUACUUCAAUCUACUAAAAUCUCUAUUUUGAUCAAUAGUGGUCCUUGUGGUUUUUUCUCUGUUAGAAGGGGUUUGAAGCAAGGUGAUCCACUAUCGCCUCUAUUAUUUGUUCUUAUGGAGGAUGUUCUUAGCAGAAAUAUUACUCAGUUGGUGGAAUCUGGCAAGUUAACUCCAAUGGUUAUUAGAAGAGGCAUUCAUCCAACUCAUAUGUUUUUUGCAGAUGAUGUUUUUAUCUUCUGCAAUGGUGCUAAAAAAAGUUUAGAUAACUUAAUGUCACUACUUGACAGGUACCAAUCCAGCUCUGGCCAAGUAAUAAACAAACUAAAAAGAAAAUGCUUUGUGGAUGGUGUUUGUGAAGGAAAAAAGCAUCAAAUUGGUGAGAGAAUUAAUAUGGAAAUUACAAAAUUCCCUGAUAAAUAUCUUGGUAUAAUUAUUGCUCCAGGAAGAGUCAAAUCUUCAAUGGUGUGGCAUUUGGUUGAAAUAUUUCAGAGUAAAUUGGCAGCUUGGAAAGGGAGGUUAUUCUCAUUUCAAGAUAGGCUUGUUCUGAUUAAAUCGGUUCUUUGCAGUGUUCCUUUGUAUAAUAUGGCAAUAUACAGAUGGCCUACUUCUGUGAUCAAAAUUUGUGAGAAAAUUAUGAGGAAUUUCUUGUGGUCUGGAGAUAGUGAAGUGAGAAAAUUUAAAACUUUAUCAUGGAAGAAGAUGGGCAUGGCAAAGUUAAAAAGUGACAUCAGAUGGUGUGUAGGUGAUGGUUCAAGCAUCUCAAUAUGGUUUGACACUUGGUAUGAAAAUAGUCCCAUAAUUGAUGAUAUUGGUCUCACUAAUUUUGUCAAAGCAAAUAUCAACAUGAAGGUUAAAGAUCUGUUGGAUGGAAGAGCAUGGAAUAUCCCAGAUGAGUUACUGCACUACUUCAACAGCUCUUCUCUUCCUGAAGUCAGUGGAGAAAAUGAUAUUAUGAUAUGGAGUGGCAAUAUCAAAGGUAUUUUUUCAACUUCUUCUGUUGUAGAAAAAAUUAGACUAAGAACACCUAAAGUGCCCUGGCAAUCAUUUAUAUGGAAAUCUUUCUUACACCCAACUAUAGCCAGUAACAUUUGGAAACUUCAACCUAAAAUCUAUGUUGAUGAUGACAUAAUGAGAAAGAAUGGGCUUGAAAUGGUUUCCAGAUGUUGUGUUUGCAAGGAAGAACAAGAUUGUAUGAACCAUACCCUUUGGAACUGUAAUUUCAGUGUGCAGAUCUGGUCUUGGAUAUGCUCUAUCUUUGAUUUCUCUAAGCCAACAUCUUUUGAAGAUAUUUGUAAAGCAGCUCAGAGAAAUAGUCCUUUAGUUAAGGAAAUCUGGAUGACUGCAGCUUGUGCAACCAUGAAAGAACUUUGGUUCCAAAGAAAUAAAAAACUUUUUGAAGAAGUUGAACCUGAUCUAAACAGUUUCAAGUGUAGAAUAUGGAAAUUAGUACAUGAGGGUGGCUGCAAAAUGAAGGGUUCAAGAUGGGGACAAGCUUAUGAUCAGCAAAUUAUUGAAUUUUUCAAGUUGGGUAUAAGAUUUUCUAAAUACAGUUGCAUCAAAGCUUGUCAUUGGAGCCCUCCAAAACAUGGUUAUUUGCUCUUUUGCUGUGAUGGGUCUUCAUUUGGAAACCCAAGAAAUGCAGGAUUUGGCAUCAUAGUCAGGGACUAUGAAGCACGGAUACUUCAAAAUUGGUGA